UCAGUACUAGAUGUUGAAUUAAUAUCCAUGAAUAUCAAGAUGUCUAAAAUAUAUUUCAUACGUUGGAUUAUACAACUUGGAUUUAUGGUUGCUAUGGUGAGAAGCCAUGGCAGGUUGCUGGACCCACCCAGCAGGUCGACCAUGUGGAGGUUUGGAUAUGACAAUCCGGUUAACUAUGACGAUAAACAGCUUUACUGUGGAGGGGUGCAGACUCAAUAUGAGAAAAAUGGCGGAAAAUGUGGCGUGUGUGGUGAUCCUUAUCAAGGUCCUUUCCAUAACGAGGCUGGUGGAAAAUACGCCAAUGGGAUCAUCGUGCAACAGUAUGAAGUGAAUGACAUCAUUAAUAUCACAGUCGAACUUUCAGCCAAUCACAAAGGAUGGUUUGAGUUCAGAAUAUGUCCCACUAACGAUCCAUAUAAAAAAGCAACGCAUGAGUGCAUGAAUAAACAUAAAUUAGAGAUUUUGGAUGAAAAAAUAUUGGCGAGAGUUUCUCGUUAUAAAGUCAGGGACCAAAUGCAGAAAAUAUUCCAAUUAAAGUUGGUAUUGCCGAAAGGUCUGAGGUGCAGUCAGUGUGUACUACAGUGGAAAUAUAACGCAGGGAACUCUUGGGGAAACGACCCUGUGACAAAUCGAGGCUGUGUAGGAUGUGGACCCCAAGAACAGUUCUACGGUUGCAGUGACAUUAGUAUAGGCAGGGAUCCAGUCACCCCUAUUCCCCCACACUUAAGAGUGACUGAUAAACCUACCACCCCUUGGUGGGAAAUAGCCGACAUUUAUGGAUCACGUGAUAGGAAUAAUCCAUAUGGGGAGACGCUGUUGGAUAUAAAGUGUGAUUGUGCUCGACAUAUGACACUAAUGAACAAAAGUAGAAACUUCAUCAUUGAACAAAAUAACAAGAUGAGGUGGGGUGUUGUGUUUCUGGUGCUGUUUGCAGUAGCUAGAGGACAAGAUGCAGAUGUGGAGGAAGAUCUAGGUUUCGAAUUGACUGACGAACAAAUUGCCCAAUGUGGUCCGACUGGUUAUUUUGCUGAUCCUGACGAUUGCUGUAGGUUCAUUCAGUGCGAUUACUACAAUGAGGGUGAUGAGAAUUUCACUGUAGGUCACAACGUUGCUUGCAUGGGGGGCUCCGUAUGGAACUCUGUGUCGUGCUCAUGCGAAGAACCAACGGAAGGCGGCUCAUGUGACCCAACCACAUGCAAUGUUCCUGAGUUUAUCGCCACCCCCUGCCCAACAGCUGGUCUUGAUGCAGAUCAAUGCUGCAUUGAUGGAACAAUUGUGAACAUAGUUAACGACACAUCCUAUUAUCUUGCAAGCGAAGGGCCCGAUUUGGUCCAGACGUGUCCAUACGAACUUCUCUUUGAUUUCAACGACUGUUGCUGCGAUGAUGAACUUUUCGAAGGUCUUCCACCCAUGUGUGACCAUUAUACCCUUGAUGACAUACCAUUUGCCGAUGAAGGUGUCAUUGCCAGUGGAGCGACUCUCAUUCAGCCAGGUGCGGCCGGGUCAGGUGGUGGUGCCGGUUUUGCAGCAGGAGCAGCUGCCGGUGCUUCUUCUGCUAAACUGCCAAGAUGGUCCAACGUUGAUUUUGGAACCGGAUUCGCUACUGGAUUUUGGGUGAAGGCUGAAGGGUCAGGAGCAUCAACGGUAUUUCACAACGGAGAUGCGGGUGGUCUUGGAGCUACUGUAUCUUUCGAAGUAACACAGACAUCUGGUGGUGGAUACGCCGUAUCUGGAGGAGUGUUUGCACAGGAUGGUGCAUCUGAUUUCUACCAGGAAACCAGUUGGUCGCAAGGUUCAUGGAACUUCGUGGGCGUGUCUUACAAUAAUGGGGAUCUGAAAGUUUAUAUAGACGAUAACGAAGCAGUUGAGGUGGUCGAAGCAGAGGAACUGGAAGAUGAGCCCGUGGUUAAAAUAUUUAAAUCGGCUGCGGAGGAAGCCAUUGAAGCUGUUGACAAUGCUGAACAAAGCGUUCGAAGAACGCUCGCUCCAAUUGGUGAAGACAGACAAGAAGAUAAGGAGAAGAUCCAGGACGUCUUAGACUGUAUUCAAGAAAUUAAAGCAGAAUUGGAAGACAAUAAGGAUUACAUUGAAGAUAUCCAACGAGGUCUAACUGAUUUCAGAUCUAAGAGGAGAGUUUACAGAAAAGCCUUCAACAAAUUCAAGAAACCCAAGAGGAGGAAUGAUGACACCCGUGACGAUCUCCAAUCGGCUCUCGGUGAUGUUGAGGCUGCCUAUAUUGAUCUAAAAGAGAAAGUCGACGAAAUCUGUGCUGCUCUCGACAAGGUUUGCAAUAUUCUUGGCAACAAAGAUAUCCUCAAACUGCUGGACUCCGGCUCAAAGAAGGAUCUAAAGAAAUUGAAAAGGAAGUUGAAGAAACUCAAAGGAAAAUUCCAAGACGACAACCCAUCUGGAGACAAAAAGUUCGGCUUACGAGCGGUAGAUGAAACAUUCCCACAAGCCCGAAGAAAUAUUGAUGAUUAUAACAGCAGUGGUAGGAAGAAGCGACAAGCUGAAGAAGACGAUGAUGAUGAAGAUGAUGAACCCGUCAAGAAAGAUAUAUUCCCAAGCAAGUUCCCAAUCACCUUGGGAGAGGACUUCAAUGGAUCUCUGGAUGAGGUGUUUGUCUGUGAUUUCCCCAUCUCCGACGACCAAAUGAAUGCCAUCAGAGAAUCCAACACGAAUCCUAUAAUGCCAAUGUCAAUGUCAUAGAUAUCUUUUGUGUAUUUAUCAAUGAUUGAAAAUAAAUUUUGAAUAAAUAA